AUGGAGGCGCCGACUAUCAGCAAAGGGUGGUUUGCCAACGAGGACACCGCUGCCCUUCCCCAAUACUCAAGCGACCAGUCCCAGUCUAUUGCAACGACUUCCAUUUUCGCACGAGGCUCUAGCGUAAGACGGGUCUGGAGCAGAGUGUAUCUGAAAGCGAGUCGAUCUCAAGUAGUGGACGCUGGCCCUGCUCCUGAUGGUGGCGUCAAAGCAUGGACGCAAGUUGGUAUGGCCUUCGCUACGUGUCUUACAGCAUGGGGCUUUGUCAACAGCUUUGGGGUGUUCCAGACUUAUUACACAGACACCAUGUCCGAGACACAAUCUACCAUCUCUUGGAUCGGUUCUGUCCAAGUCUGGGUGAUAUUUGCCGUCGGCAUGUUUUCCGGGCGCGCACUGGACGCCGGACUGUUCACUCCGACGUUCUUGCUCGGUUCGGCGCUCCAGAUGCUCGGUGUCUUCACAACAAGUGUGUGUAAGAACUUCUGGCAGUUGUUGCUGGCUCAAGGCUUCUGCACGGGACUGGGAUGUGGCAUCAUUUUUUGCCCAGUCAUGGGCAUCGUCACAACCUAUUUUGAAAGAAACAGGGCGUUUGCAGUGGCUAUUGUCAGCACUGGAAAUUCUAUAGGAGGCAUACUUUACCCAAUCCUCGUCAGGUCACUACUCCCAAAGAUCGGCUUCGCCUGGACAGUACGCGUACUCGGCUUUGUUAACCUUACCUGUCUGGCGGCUGCAGCAAUGUUUCUGUCCCCACGCCUACCUCCCCGGAAGGGAGACCCAAUUAUCGAAUGGAGAAUGUUUCUGAACAUCCCAUAUACUUGUAUGGUCAUCGGUAUGGCCCUGGUGUUUGGUGGAGUGUUCUUCACAUUGUAUUUUCUUGGGUCCUAUGGUCGAAACAUCCUAGGCAUGUCUUAUGCUGAGUCCACAAACCUGGUCUUACUGUUCAAUGCAGCCGGUUUACCCGCCCGGCUACUCACUGGCUGGGUUGUCGACAGGUUGACUGGGCCAAUGAACGGCAUGAUCCCCCUCCUUCUUCUCAACAGUAUCUGCACGUUCGCCUGGAUUGGUGUCACAUCUAAAGCCUCGUAUUAUGCCCUGGUAGCCAUAUAUGGGCUACCAGCAGGAGCGUUUCAGUGCCUAUUCCCAACCACUCUUACAUGUAUCAACCGCGACCCGAAGAAGAACGGGAUCAUGUUGGGAAUGGCGUUCUGGGUACUCAGUUUCUCUGGCUUGGCCGGACCGCCUAUUGGUGGUGCGCUCCUACAAACAAACGGAGGUGGACGGGGCGGGUAUGUUUCUGCACUCGUCGCAUCUGGGUUCGCCUCUUUCGUGGGAACGUGUUUAAUGAUAGUUGCUCGGGUGUAUCAAGAAGGUUUGGACUUGAGGAAGAAGUGUUGA